UUCUAUGUACUAUGAUCUAGAUCUAGAAUCUAGUCCUAGAUCUAGAGAAACCUGAUUUAGCGUUUCUGGUUUCAUGUUUGAUGUUAUUGUGUUACCUCACAUAUGCCUACAGUCUUUUAUAGAUAGAUCUAAAUCUAGUCAAUCUAGACUUAAAGCAAAGUAAUGUAGUCAUAGACUCUAGUUUCUUUUCACACUGUCUGUGUCUCUAUUAAGUACAAAUGAUAAUUAGAUCUAACUAGAAAGGCUCUCUUGAGACUCUUGUCAUGUGUUUUCGUGUAUAUAUACUCAUCACUUUGUGACUGAUUUUAUAGUAUGAAUGAAAGGGGGUCUAGUGUGAACAUUGUGAACUUAAACAAUGAGGAAAGUAGGGAUGACUGAGUGAAGAAAAGAAAGGAUUAAUCACAGAUCACAGAUAUUUAACUCCUAAAAAGUAGUAUGGAUGGUCAGGCUGUCAACAGUGGAGAACAAAAUGAUUCAUGUUUUGAUAAUUCACAUGAGAGAGAAACUGGUUCUGAGACCAACUCAGUUGAGGCUGAUUUGGAGCAUAUGCAUUUAAUUGAGGAUGAUUUUGAACAACCAGAUGGUCAGCGUAGCUCACUCAGCCUUGAUGAUGAUGGCGGAACUCACUUUGAUCUCCACUCUCAAGAUGGAGUGAUGAGACGUGGAAGUACUUUGAGAGAGGUCAACAUAAGCCCAUCACCGCAGGGGGUGUCUGACGAUAAUGACAUUAUUUUCAAUCCAUUGCAGAGAUUACAUUUUGAUGAUGAUGAUUUUGUAGAUGAAGAUGAGGAUGAUAAUUGUCAGACAAGAGGUGAUGAUAAUGGAAUAGAUGAAGGUGUAGAGAUCACAGGGCGUGGUUUAGAUGAUGACAGCUUAGAAGAUAGAGACUAUCUUCAUUUUCGACCAGCUGUUCAUGGCUCUGAAUUGGCAGAGCAAGGGGCUUUUGGUGGAGUCAUGUCAACACAUGACCAAGGUCAAAACAUUCGCAUAAUUGAAGGUCAUGACUCCUCUCUUCUUGACGAUGCUGCCAACUCAUAUGGAUUUAAUUUUCUGCACACUCAAAUGAUACAAAUCCCAGUCCUGUCUCCAGUGAAUGUGACUGCUGCUAACUCUAGCAGACUUGAAGAUGACGCACACAACCUUUAUGAUAGUUUGGAGAGGGAAGAUGGUUCAAAUCAAUACAGUAAUUCUAAUGAACCUAACGUCCAUGUCCUGGAAAACAACACAUCAGAAUAUUAUAGUUCUGGGAGCUUGAUGGCUGCUAACUCUCAGGGUCCAGAUAAUGAUUUGCUGUGGGCACAAGAUGAAAGCUCAGAGAAUGGCAAUUACCUGACCCACUCUCAGCAACACUAUCAAAAAAGCAGUGAGCAUCAGAGUCCUCCAAGAAACUUUCAGGCAGACUCCUCUGGCAUGUUUGUUGCUAAAAGAGCAGGGACCAGUCAUAUAAAUGAAGGCACCUUAGGAGGUUUUGGUGAUAGUCAUAUUAAGGAAGAGGACAACACUGAUGCUCUUAGCAUAGAACUGAGUGAAGAAGGUCUGCUUCAGAAUACUCAAACGUAUGCUCAGCCUAUUUCUUCCAUGGCAACAUCCAAUGGAGCUGUACAUCUUCUUCAGGCUCAAAAAGAUUGGAAUCUCUGGCCUCAAUCUAAUACAGUUCAGGCUAGUGGUUUUGACCUGUCUGAUCCAUUUAGAACCAUGAAUGUGCAACCCAAAAAUCUGACAAGAAGCCAAGGCUUGUGUAACUUAAAUUCUGAUGCCAACAGUGAUGGUGAUGGAGAGGAUACCCAGGACAAAAGACAAGCUGGAGCUGGAAGCUCUUUGUCUACAAGUGAUCAAAACCAGUCAGCAGUUGAUCCAGUAAAAGUACAGAAAAAAUCUGUUGGCACUCAACCUCGUAGGCCUGCUGUCCAAGGAUCUGCUUCAUCAGGUGAUACAAGAAAAACGUCCCUUCUUAACCAACGCAGUAAUUUACAGAACAGUUCCACUUCCCUAAAGAAAUCAUCAUCAUUCAGCAAAUCCAGCAGCUUGGGGGAUAAAAGCUCAAAGGGCAAGGGUGCAGGGGCUGAUCAAAAAAAUCAUCUGGAAUCUUCUAAAGGAGGAAGCACUGGGUUAUCUAAUGUCAGCUCUCAUUCAAGACCUGCCCAAAAUAGUGUCUUGGUUAAUAGUCAGAAUGCUUCCAGCAGUCUUCACAGCAGUGUUAACAGUACUAAAAGCCGUGUUAGUGGUGUUGGGAAAGAAUCAUACCUGGCAGCAGCUUCUUCUUCAUUUACUCGUGCUGCCAACCAGCUAUCUUCUAGCACAGAUGUUAAUUAUGUAAGCCUGCUGUCCCAGAGAGAGAACUCUCACACAGAGCCAAGCAACUCCUCUGAGCUCUCAAACAGUGCCAGCAUUCAGCCACAGCUCCAGAACCCACACAUUUCUAAUUCAUUUGACAGAAUGAGACCUUCUGCCUCCCAGUUCCAGUCUGAACUGAGAUCAUCCCAGUCAUUCAACAAACCACACUCUGCUUCUGGGAGUGUCAAUGGCUCAUCUCAGAACUUAUCAGUUGUCUCAGACCAUGCAGUUGAAUCUAAUCUGCACCAUCUCCCACCCAGACCUACAGACACUCGGCGCCUGAUCCCAAGCAUCAACAGUAAUGUCCAGGGAGGUCAUCAACACAACACUGCACCACAUCAUUUCUCUGUGCCAUCUCAGCAGACAUCUUUCUUUGGUUUUGGAUCAUCUAUACAGCAUACUAAGUCUGGAUUUCCCAUUCAGGCUCCCAUUAAUCUGAGAGAAAAUGUCAGCCUUGAAAACAGCCACCAUUAUCAGAAUAAAUCAAUUAUGGAAGGAUUUAAUUCUCAUAAUAAACCUGUAAUGGAAGGAUAUAAUUUUUCCAACAAACCUGUGAUGGAUGGAUUCAAGGCUCAGAAUAACAAAUCUGGACCAACUCAGUCCUCUCAGCCUGCCUCACAGCAAGGUCAUGCCGAUCCUAAUAUCCAGGGAAUGGAAGAAGUAAGAAGCCAACUGCUGAAUGUUUUACUGAUGGGAGCUGAUUCUGCCAACGCUUCUGUUGCAGAUCAUACCAGUUUUGACCAUUCUGAUACUAUGUCUGAAAUCUUAACCAUGGAUCAACAAGUUAAACGUCAGCUUCACUUUGACACAGACAUUAGUUCAUUUAUGGGCAAUAGCCAAGAUGACAUGUCAGAAAUUUUGGAAAAUUUCCCAACAUUUUCAUCCAAAAUAUUUCUGGAAAUGUCAGGAGGAGCCCACAAAAAUGAAACAUCUGUUCAUAGUGAGAAUCAGUAUCUGAGAGACAGUCUGGAGAAAGAGAAAUAUAGAAGAAAGCACUGUGAGGAGCAUAUUCAAAAGCUAAAUGCCAAGCUCCUUGAAGUCCAGCAACAGUUGGCUGUUGCAAUAUCUACUGACAAGAGAAAAGAUUUGAUGAUAGAACAACUAGACAGGCAACUAGCCAAAGUUGUUGAGGGUUGGAAAAAACGUGAGCUAGAGAAAGAUGAGUUUCUUAAAGUUUUAACUCAUGAAAAGGUUCAAAUAGAGGAGACUCUGCAAUCUCAACAAAAUAUGAUUAACAGCUUUGAACGUGAACUGGCACUCACUGUUGAACAACUUCGAGCAGAGAAGGAGCAAUCAAAUCAGAUCAUUAAUGAUUUGAAAGAGAAACUGAAAGACUCUCGAGAAGAAAAAGAACAUGCAGUAGAGGCUUUAGAAACUGAACAAGAAAAGUUUGCAGGCAUGAUGGCAGAGUGGAAAGAGCUUACAGACAGCAGAGAUAGGGCUGAACAGAAAGCCAAACAAAGCCAGGAAAGGUUGCUGGAGGAGCAAGAGCUAUCUGCCAAAAAAGAACAAGAAUUCUUGGCUAAAAUCAAUGAAGUUAAGGAAGCUAACCAGAAAGUCAUCAACAUGGAGAAAAUCAAGUUGGAGGAGCAGAAGAAAAAGCUGGAAGAAGUUGCGCUAGAGAGAGAUGAACUUAAGACAGAACUCAAGAAAGCUGCUUUAGACCUUGAACAGCUGAUUAGGGACAAAGAAAGCCAGAAAGUUGAAGUGGCCAUAAUGGAAGCAAAGUUUGAAACUGCUCAGCGUAAGCUUGAAGCUGAUCUACAUGUUCAGAUGGAAAAGGAGAUUGCUGAACAGGCUUCAGAGUUUCAUACUAGAAUUGAGACUGCCCUUGAAGAAGCUGCAGAACGUCACCGCAAGCAGAUCAGUGAGCUACAGAGUCAGCAUCAGAGAGACAUUGAGCGCCAGACUGCCAUGAUGAAUGAAGACAGACUCAAGAGAGAAGAUGAGCAUCGUAAACAGAUCUCUGACAUUGAAGAAAAGCUUCAAGCUUUGAGAAGUGAGAAUCAUAACCUUAGGCAGUCGAAGAUAAAACUGGAAUCUCAAAGGGUGGAGAUAUUGACCAAACUUCAGUUUAUGAUGCAGUCACAGUGGAAUGAGGCUGUCUCACUUUUAGUCAGCACACCACAAAAAAAGAGUUUAAAUAGCUCUUUCAUGUCGAGCCAGGCAGGAAGUGGUCACUCUGGUCAUCUAGGGGCUGUCAUGGCAGUGUCUGACAGCAACACUUCCAUCGCCAACCUGAACUUGACAACAUCAGUGCCAGCAUCUUCGAUUGCCCAAGGCACUGAGAGCAGGACAGGGGAGACCACCAACACAUCAUUGUCAGAGAGUCACAUUGUGAAGUCUGUUGACAUUGAAGGGAAGGACAGAGGGGAGGAGUUGAACAGGAUGAACAGAGUGGAGGAAUACUUGCAACAGCUCAAUCAUCACAUGGAAAUCCCUAUGACCAAAAACGAUCUUCAAAUAUCUGAUGGAAACCACAGUCCUGACGUUAGUGGUCACUCGUCUACCACUCCUUCAGGUCAAGUUAACCACAGCUACAGUGCAUCCAGCUCUGAACACCUGCUCCGGCUGCCACAGCAAAAGGAUCACAUGCCCAAACCUGCAAUGUUUGGCAGCUCUAUGGAGUUUCUGGAGAGAGAACAUGAAUAUUUGAACAAGCCAUCUAACAACUUGAACCAAUCUCAUUUUCCAAGAGUUCAUGGCUAUGUAACCGGUCAGGGUGGUAAGACAUUGAUAACUACCACAGUUGGCCCAGGAAUGGUAGAGCCAAUGUAUGGAGGUCAGGGUUUGGUUCAGGAGUUCACUUACCAGGCCUUGCCAAUGAGUUCUCCUCAACAGUCAUCUUCCAGAUUUAACUUAGAUUUAAGUCAUCAGUCAUUAAGAUCAGACACAGAGUCUGACAAACAUCAGUUUGUUAUUGCCAACGGCCCUUAUACCCCCCCUCAGCAACACUUGUACAGCAUGAGCUUCCAGCCACAGCAUGAGUGUCUGAAACAACCGUCCUCCCCACUUCCUGCCUCCCGUCCCCUGUUUCCUGGCAGACAACAUGCUGGAGAUUGUGGGGAUCAAAGAUCUCUCAAGCAGACUUCCAGCAUUGCAGGUGACAAGAAUGUAUUUAGCCCAGAAAGUCCAAGGUGCAAUUCUAGUCCUGCAGCUGCUCACAACGAUCAUUGGUCACCUGGCAAUGCUGCCUCUGCUCGCCCAUUUUACAUCAACAAUGCUGGCAGUACAAUACCUAUAUCACCAGAAGGCAGAAGUAUGAUCAGGUCCAUUGAAGGAAUGGAGUCUCCAGUCAAGAAACAUAAACCUAGACCUGGUCAGCCUUCAAGGACUUUAGGUAGUUUGAAUGACAGUCUCUCCCCUCCAGUGAAGCAAACAGCUGACAGACUUGAGUCUGAUGUCAUAAGUGAUGCUGAGAGCAGUGUACAUGACCCUGAUAGAAUGCCAACCAACUACAGCCAACUUCUUGAAAGUUUUGAAGAGCAACAAAAUCGCCAGAGUGAGCUCCAGCACUAUGUUCGAAUGCUAUUACAGAAAGCCCCAGGGAGUGUGUACAGUGAACCAGAGAGGGACUUUCAUUUUGAUCCUGAUGUGAUAGACUCUUCGAGAGACAUAACUGUAGACUUUGAUAUGAAUGAGACAGCAACAGCCCUAGAACUGACAUCACAGCUGACAAGAUUUCAACAACUACGAGAUGGACAGACAUUCAAGACCAUUGAAAGCCAUAAUGACAGAGUGGUUCAAAGCCAUGAUAAAAGUCAAAGCCAAGAAGUUGUUGGGCAUAUGAAUGAGUUGAUUGGAGAGAAUGGUGUUAUUAGUUCCCAGGGUCUCUCUGAAAUCUCGCAAAUUUUGUCUUUAUACAGAAAUCAGUUGCAAUCCAAUUCAACCUCUGCAGGACAAGCCAAUGUGGCAAGUCAAUUGAUGCAUGUUUUGAAAGAUGUGGCUGCAAGUAACAGUGAUAACUUUGACACUAGAAGUGAAACUAGAACUCAGUCUGGCAAAAAUCAAAAUGCUGUCAGGAAAGUGAAGCCAUUGUCUAAAACCAAAAAAGUGAGGAUAGCAUGCCAGUCUGCAGACACCAGUCUAAAUAGUGAAUCUCGUGAUAAACUUUUAGUUGGCCCACCCAGGCCAGCUAAUCCAGUACCCACAACCAAAAAGAGUACUCAAGUUCCUAUGGAGCUCAACAAAGACAAAAAGCCUGGGCCACCGAAACCCACAGCUGGUUCUAAAGGUGGCUCUAGUUCAGGAGGUGCUGUCUGGAAAUAGGUGGAUAUAAUGUAAAAGCUGGACACUAGAAAUAUAUUUGAAAAUGUGUAAAUAAAUAUGUAAGUAGUAGAUCUAGUUCAGAAAAAAAGUUGAUAAAAUACAAAGCUCUUGAUUGUAGUAUAGUAUAGAAUAUAAUUCAACCCUAGUUUUUUUUUUUUUUUUUUUUAAUUAAUGAACAAAACAACUUGGAUGUUUUUAAACAAUCUUUUUUUAAAUUUGCCAUCAUUGUCUAAGUAUGAGAGAAGAAUUAUUGUUCAGACGUUUAAGGAUAUAUGAUUGUUUAGUUUUGUUGUAUUAUGUAAGUAUAAAAAGGUAAUUGUUGGGACUUGCUGUGUUUGAAGUAUAAGGAUUUGAAUUGUGUAGUCUUCUUAUGUUAGAAUUGCAAUGAAAUUCUUUAAUUUAUGACUUUUUUUGGUUUAUAAGUAAUUAUUGAAACAAGAGAAGAUUGGGAGAGACUCAAACUACUUCAAAGAUGGAAACACAGCUAUUGACUCCCUCUUUUGACAGUAACACUUUGUAUUUACUGUUGCUUAGUUACUGUUGAGUUAUGGCUGCCCAAACAUUAUUUGUCAAGGUCAUAUUUCAGUCUCAUGUAUUUUUGUAACUUCCAAGAUAAUUUUAAGUAAAAAAAAAAUGUGAUGCAUGUUAUAAAAAAUUAAGACAUUAAACAAAUGUUUAUAGUUUUCAUUGUCUAGAAAAUUUUCUAUAAGGUUGAACAAAAUUUUCUAUUACAAUACUUUUGUGUUAAUUAGUAACAGUUAUUAUUAUCUCUAAAAGCACAAUAUUUAAACAUUUCUAAGAAGUAUUUUGGUUUACACUUGUUUAAAGUUAAAAAGAAUUCCCCUCUGGUUUGGGCCAAUGUAUUUUAGGAUGAGAAGUGUACCUGGCUACCACAUGUUCAUUUAACGAGUUCCUUAUUCAAUGUGAUAUGUGACAAAAAAAAGUGAUAUAUAAUUUUAUCUGUGCCAAUACAUAAUAUAUAGUGUAUGUUUUAGAAGUCUGGUAUAGAAUUGUAUAUAUAAGUGCAAUGAUUGUCAGCUGAUCUAAAUUUUUAAUAGUUUUCAGCUUUGAAAGACAAAUAAUAUUGUGUAGAUAAAUAUCGGACUUGAUUAACCAAGUCCUAGCAUUUUCAUCUCCCAAAGUAAAGUCAAGAAUUAAACUAGUUUGAAUAAAUAUUGCUUUGAGUUUUACCACAAGUAUCAUUUUCAUUUUUCAGUAGCUUGUAUUGUUUUGUUUACUAAAUCAACAGAAUGGCUUCUGUGAAGCACCAAGUUGGCACUCGCAAAAUUGUGUUGGUUUUUUUAGCUGCAUCACUGCCAUACUCUAGAUUGUUCAGUUUGAUCUAUUAAUUGGCUAUGUGACUGUUUUGUAGGCUGGAAAUUUUCAUAGACAUUCUGAACAGUAUUUUUUCAAUACCCAUUUUUUUUGUUGCUUAUAAAAUUGUUUUGUUUCUUUAAACAUUUGGCUUGAGAGUUGUUUUUUUAAGACAAUGUUUACUUUCUGAUUUUGAAAUACCUAGAACAUUGCUGACAUCUUUCCAUCUCCAUAUAAUUAUGGAAGUGAGGUUUCAAUGCAUAAUCUAAAAAAUAGAGCUAUUGAAUGAAGUUUAAAAGCAAAUUUAUAGCAUUUUAUGUGCAAUUAUUACUUUUUGAUAAGUAAGUAAUGAAAUGAUAACUAUUUUUAGAAUCUAGUAUGCUGUGGUAUGGUUGUUCUAUGCUCUUAUAUAAGACUAUUUAUUUAAAACAUGUUUUCUAUAAAUAAAGAUGAACAGCUAUAAAUUAAGCUAUUCAAAAUAGCUUAGAUGAUGUGGUGGCUGAGCUCUAGAAAUUGCAAUUCUAAGCCAAAUGUUCAAUGCUUGAAUCGUUUGAAAACAUUUUAUCACUAAAACAGAACUGUUCUCUAAAAUUUUUAAUCAACCUUUUUGGUCAUAAAGGGAACUUUACUUUUAGAUGUGCUAAAAGUUGUGUAAAAAUAGUAAUGUGUAUCAUUCAUUUUCAUUUUGUUGACCUGAAAAUAUCAAAAGAUCAUCUUAAGAAAAAACAAAAUCACAACAAAAGACGUCUACAUCAUAUCCUAUAAGUUUACUGUGACUGUAAAUGACAACUUGUUUAAUGACAUUUUUUUUUUUAGAAUUUUGUUUACACAGAAAUUUGAAGUAUUAUUUCACGAGUUGUUCUCAUGGAUUAACAAAAUAAAUUUUUUAAAAAUAUA